AUGGCGGAUAUAGCACUAUUAGUGGCGGAAGAAUAUGAGAGGAGGGUGAAGUUAACGGCGGAGAAACCGUCGGAUACCGCGGAGAUUGGGUGGUGGAAUAAUUUCCCGGCGAAAAUGAAGAUGUUUGGGGCUGAGGAAGAGAAGAAGAUUGAGAGUUUGAAGAGGAAGUUUGAUACUAAAUCUCAGUUUGCUCUUGCUGUCUCCAAUGGCUUCUUCUCUGCUUAA